GGCGCUUGCAAUGGUUUGGGAUCUGCGUCACUUUUCUGCCACAGAGCACCGCCUUCUAAAUAUGCGAAAAGGAACUAAAUUUGGUAUGUGGUGUUGGGGAUAGUUCAGCUUCUUUAGUGAAACCCCUUCAGUCUUCUACUACCCCGUUACUCAACUUAUACUCGACAAAGCACCAGGAAUCACUUCCCUGAAAUCAGGAUGGAUCAACAGCUCGAUGUCUCCAAGCUCAGCGAAACCGACAAGAAAGAAUUGAACCAGAUUUUAACAAAUGAGGCCCAGAAAUCGAACAUCCAGCAGACCGUGCAUCACCUCGCCGACGUUUGCUGGAAGAAAUGUAUCACUGGGAAGAUUUCCUCCGGUCGCUUGGAUCAGUCUGAAGAGGCUUGCGCCCAGAACUGUGUGGAGCGGUGGAUGGAUACCAAUCUUGCUGUUUUGAAACAUCUGGAAGCUCUCCGCUCACAAUAAGCAAGUUAUGGUUCUGACAAUGGAAGACUUGGUACAUAUGAUGUCUUGUGAUUAUCAAUACUGUGGCUAGGGUUUGUCAAAAGUUCGAGAUGGGAGCAAACUGUGCCUUUACUAGCAUGACAACUGAUUGACUUGGUACUGUAUAACUAGAAAAUGAUCAAUGUAUUCGCUACGUAUGGAUGUGUCAUGUUCGCGUUCUUUCAUUGGCGAACUCAAUGUCUAUACCAUGCACCAGAGUCCA